CGACUUAGUGGUGUUUCCAGAAAGUUAACUAUCUACUUAAAAUGCAUUGUGUACAGUUGCAAAGAAUACAACCCGGAAGGAAACUAGUAACAAAGAUAUUGUAAUGUAUAGGUUUCCCUGUAAUUUGGACAGGAUGAAUCUGUAGCUGCUGCGGACUGGAUAUAAUCUUGAUGACAUUGAUUCCUUUGCACAACAGAUCGUAGAUGGAAAGAAGACUGACGCGUUUCGCCUAUGCUAAGACGAUUUUCUUCCAGAAAGUUACAUCAGUAGUGGAAGUAGAAUAAUUCUCCGAACUGAAGCUUUGCCAGUUGUCUUCCCAAGUCGAGAAACGUCUUCUGCCAUGGAGAGUGACAUUCCCCCAUCAUCUAACGGACUUGAUGAAGAUGUAUUAGAUGAAUACCAUGGCUCAGACCAAGACACAGAACAGACUCAUUCAGACAGCAGCUUAAUUGAUGGAAGCCCAUUAAUGUUGGUUACUGUUGAGGAGGAAGAGUUCUGCCCAAAUAACGGUCCUGGGCAUCAAGAUGCCAGCAUGAGUAGUGAUGCUUUCCAGGAGAGCUCUAGCCCAUACACAUCGACACCUGUACAGAUGGCUGAUGCUUGCACAUCUACUGAACCAUUGCCCACCACAGCAGACAAGUGUUUUCAGUGGCCCGAGAAUGAGCUGAAUUUUGAAAGGGAUCCUUGGACUAUUCACCAUGAACAGUACUACGGAGCUCCUUAUUUCAACCCUAUAAACUACACAUUGCCCCACCAUGCCUCCACCUACAAGCAUUCUCUCCGUUCUUGGGCCUCACAGAAGCCCAGUGCAGAGUCCAUUGUAGACUACAUGUCCCUGUACAAGAGAUCCAUAUACAAUGGUGCAGAGUACCUCUCUAGUUACAUGGGCAAAGGAAUUAAACUAGAACACGACCUCAAGUACGAACUGAAACAAUCUGAGUUCGAUAAAGUUGCCGUUUACUUUUCCAAGGAGGAAUGGGGCUGUCUAACGAAAGAAGAGAAGGAUCUGUAUAAGGAGGUGAUGAUGGACAAUUACCAUAUCCUCUGCUCUCUGGGAUGUGCAAAUAUAAAGCCAACUAUUAUAUCAAAGAUAGAACAGGGGCAAGAGCCGUAUGGAACUGAUCUGUGGCAGACUGAAGAUAUACCUCCACUGAUUAACAGUAUAGGAUGGGCUCAUAUAAAGCCUUCAAUAAUUCCAAAGGCCGAGCUUGAAGAUGAAUCCUACGUAACGGAUUGCUGGAAAUCAGAGGAGGAAUCUCCAAAAAUUAACAAAAUUGACUGGGGGGCAAUACAGAGUUAUGAAGAUAGCCUCUAUAAACGCUCCCGGGAAAGGCAAGGCUUUGCUCCCAAAUCAGGACUUGAUAAUCCUCACGGGAACCCCAACACAGCCCUAGAUUUGAGCUUUAUUAAGCGGGAGAAGCCAUUUUCUGACCAACAUAAUCUUCCCAAGCAAGAGAGAAUUCCUCCAGGUAAAAGAUCAUUCCCUUGCCUGGAAUGUGGGAAGAUGUUUGCUACAGUGACACAGCGUGUGAAGCAUCAGAAGAUCCACGAAGGCGCCGGGCAGUUUUCUUGUACGGAAUGCGAAAAAUGUUUCAAAUCAAAGUCUUACCUCACUAUCCAUCAAAGAACUCAUACAGGAGAGAAACCAUUUUUAUGCUCGGAAUGUGGUGAAGGGUUUAUCAGCAUGUCGCAUUUAGUUGUCCAUCAUAAAGUCCAUGUUGGGAUGGUUCAGUUUGUUUGUCCAGAGUGUGGGGACACUUUCACGCGAAAAACAGAGCUUAUCAGACAUCAGCGGCUUCAUACAGGAGAGAAACCAUAUGCGUGUUCAGAAUGUGGGAAAUGUUUUAAACGGAAAUCAGAUCUCCUCUCGCACCACAAAAAUCAUACUGGAGAGAAACUGUACACAUGUUCUCAAUGUGAUAAAACGUUUAGUAGGCAGUCUCACCUUGUAGUCCACCAGAGAACACACACAGGGGAGAAACCAUACCAGUGCACAAUAUGCGGAAAAGGAUUCAUCAAGAACUCGGAUGUCGUGAGACAUUAUAAAACACACUCCAUUGAUAAACCAUUUAAAUGUUCAGAAUGCGGAAAAGGUUUUUCCAAGAACACCUUUCUUCUCAAGCAUCUUGAUAAACACCUGAUCCCCGAAAAAGAAGAUAAAUCAUUUAUAUGUUCCCAAUGUGGAGAAAGUUUUUCUAGCAUGAAUGAUCUGGCCACACAUGAGACAAGUCAUGUUGUGGAGAAGUCUUUUAUUUGCUCAGAAUGUGGGAAAUGCUUCAGUGACAUCUCCAAUCUGGUAACCCACCAAAUGCACCACAGAGGAGAAAGAUCAUUUGCAUGUUUUGACUGUGGAAAAUGUUUCACUAAGAACUUGUAUCUGGUUCGGCAUCAGAGAAGUCACUCCGACGACAAAUCCUUUUUGUGUUCUGAGUGUGGGAAGUGUUUUACCAGUAAGUCUGACCUAGAUAUUCACGAGACAAUCCACACUGUGGAAAAGUCGUUUGUAUGUUCAGAAUGCGGAAAAUGUUUCAGCCAGAAGGCCAACCUUCUGACUCAUCAGAGGAACCAUAAAGGAAAGAAGUCAUUUGCAUGUUCCGAGUGUGGCAAAUGUUUCACCAAAAACCUUUACCUUGCCAGACACCAGAGAAUUCACACAGGAGAAAAAUCUUUUGUGUGCCAUGAAUGUGGAAAAUGUUUCACUAGUAAAUCCGAUCUCGAUAUACACGAGACAAUUCACAGACCUGAAACUAUUAGCGGAAUUAUGGGAGACAUCUCGCCAGGAAAAAUUCAAGCAGGAGAGUGAAUGUUUAGAGAGUGUGCAUUUUAUUAUUAGUAGCGGAAGGAGAGAGGAAAGAUCCAAUAUGCACAUUAAUAACAAGGACAGAAGUACCAUAAAAUAAGGAGAAUGCAGUUGUUUCCUCCACUUGGGCUACAUAUAGCUAGCUAUAUUUUUAUUUAUCCCAUGUGCGUGCUGGCGAAGUGGAUCAGUUUUAGUUUUUUUUAAACUACGAAACACUCUUGUUUUUUUAUUACAAUGUCGUAAACUUCAAUUACAGAGGGUAAUUUUUCUAAAAUACCAAAAAGCCAAGACUGGGUAAACCCAGAGCAAUGUGCCAAGGAAGUUAAAAUAAUAUUGCAAUGAGUAUUUCAUUUUGAGGUAUAGAAAUACAUUUUACGGUGACAUUAAUAGUUUAACUGUAACACAAAGCUAUGUCCUACAGUCGGAAUCCGUAGUGUUAUUUGUAGACGUUAGAAACAGUGGAGGUUAUAUAUGAAGACACAUUCUGGGAGAAGGUUCUAAAACUUGAGCAGGCACCAUAGCAACCAAAUGUGCAUCACUUUAAAGAAUUUUCGCCCAGAAUUGCACUUUAUAUAUUUCCAAACAGUGAAUUCCCCUUUACUAAGCAGAUUUUCAAUUUCACACUAACAUUGUUGUUUGUAUAUUAAGGCGCCAUUUUGUCUGUGAUUUUUUUUUUUACUUUUGUGUUUAGCAAACGCAUUAAUAGCGAUACGUCACAAGACAUUAGACAUCACAAGAUUUGACAUGUUUGAUAUCCGUUUAUGUAACGUCAUAUGCCAAAGUUCCGUAGGCAGAUAGAUGCAUAUUUUCAUACUUUUAACCAAUAUGUUAUGUAAUUAUUAGAAUAUGUAUAGAUCUUAGUUGAAGACAGUAGAUAUAGUCUCGAAAACGGUCAACGUAUACAAUGAAGCAGCUUCAUUGCUCGGUUGAUAGCACUUAUACCAAUUAUUCUAUUAAGUAACUAAAUGCUUCUACUUGGAAAAGACCUGUGUAAUUUGGGUUAUUGUAUCAUCAAAGGGUUUAUUUUUUGACAGAGCAUAAUUGCGAAAGUGUUAAAUUCUCUUUUUGUACCAGUUCAUUCCUCACACUAUUUUAUUAAGCCCAAAAUCAAUUCUCGUGCACCCAUCCUCCCCGACGGGUCGACAUUAAGGAUUUCCGUUCCACUGGAGAUAUUUGUAAAACGUGGAUGAAUCAGUGGACGGGGAUGUGAAAGGAUUUGCUUGUAAACACCUGCUCCAGAUAAUUAGGUAAUUACAAAACAGCAUAUGUACUAUUUGGGACAGAUUUUUUAUAAUGAAACAAUAAACAGUUUGCCAUGAAAAUAAAACGUUUGCUAUUUUGCAGUAUAUUUCAAUAUAUGUUUCUUUGUAGAGUUUAGCUGACCAAAAAAAUACGGUAGUUAAUUUUAUUUGCUCCUCUGGAUUGUUUUCUUUGACAUCACAGUUAGGGGUUACAUGUCAGCGACCCUCCUGUAAGUAGAGCAGACCAUUCCACUGUCUGUAGAAUAUUCGGGGUACACAGAGACUCACGUUGGAGGGAGAGCAAUUAACCAAAUACCCCAGGAUUUUUUAUACUGAAUGGCUAUGGCCAAUUUAACUCUGCAAAGCAACAUAUUGCCAAAUAUUCUGCAAUACAUCAAAGUUGUUGUUUUUUUCUGUUGUUUAUUUAAAGAUACUUCCAUGUGACAAGGUUUUAUUUUCUGUCUAAAAGAAGUUAAAUAUAAACCUUAGAAGAGUCCGAGUCUGGUUACGUAUUCCACUAGUGAAAUGGAAAGGUUAUUUCAAUAGAAUAUUUUGUGUUUU